AGAUGUAGUGGGUAGUAGAUGUAAAACUGAUUUCGUUAAGAACACCCUUGAAGAAUAUAAAUAUAUAAGAUAUAUUGUCAUCGUAACACUCCUUAGGCGGAAGAAAGAUAUAAUCCGACAUUACAGCUACUAAAAUGGAUCAAUUCAAACUCCGAACACUGACAUUUGGAUUUCUCUUCGUCUGUUCGUUCUGCGCGGUAACGUCACAAGUUGACGUCUGCUCGUCGUCAUUUCCAGGGGGCGCUCUGUGUAACUGCACGAAGACGCCAUCAUCAUUAACAUACGACUGUAGGGCGAGGAAAAUUGGCUACGUCCCUAGAGGUUAUAAAUCAACAGCAACGACGUUAAAUCUGUCGAACAAUAAGAUAUACAACGUUUACAUUGGUCCACUAAACAAUCUUCGCAAGCUUUCAAUACUGUAUCUCCAAGCCAAUUUGAUAUACCAGAUAGAGCCUGGAAGCUUCAAUGGACUGAUGAAACUGACCCAGUUAAUAUUAACAAGCAACCAGCUGACAGCGAUAGAAAGAGGUGUUUUCAGCCAUUUACCAGCUUUGGAAGUUCUCGAUUUAUCAAACAACAAGAUAAAAACAAUCAACAGAUAUGCUUUCAUCACGCUGCCGAGUGUAUAUUUAAUUAACCUUGAAAGCAACCAGCUAACUUGCGGCUGUGAAGAAUACCUUCUGCACGAAUUUUUCGAGAUUAGAAAGUCUUCAUUGACGGUACAAAAUAAGCCUUGCAGUACUUCCACUUUACAGCAACCAGCUAGUACCAUAUGUACAUCAGGUGAAACUCUUUUUGUUCCGUCCACAUCCUGUUACCAGUGUUCAAACGCUGUUGGAGUAAGAGACUGUAGGAACCAGACUGUUACAAACUGCAGUGGUCCAAAUUCGGUGUGCUACAACCAGAUGCACUACUACUAUCCGGGUCAUCUGAGUGUGUCUGGAGGCUGUAUUGACUAUACCUCAUGCCUAUAUCAAGAACAGCGUAACCGAGAAACAUGCUUGAACGGUACCGGAACCGGAACCACGUGUUAUUUCUGUAAUCCUGACAAACUCUCAAACUCACGUGACGAGACCAAUACCACGAGGCAGUUUUACGUGACGUUAUUGGUUACGUUAAAUCAGGUGAUGACGUCACAACUGCGAGACACGAAUUCGGCAGCUUACAAAAGUUUCACAAGGAAUUUGGAAAAUGAGGUCAGUAACUAUAUACGGAACCAGAAAGCGGCGUAUAGAGUGAACUUUGUCGACUUACGGAGUCCGGAUGUGACCAUAGCCUUUCGAGUCUUGUGUGCUACAAUCUGGUAUAACACAAAAGCGGAUGUAAUGGACGCCAUAGCGUCGGCACUGAGUCGCAGAACUGUUAACGGUGUUCGAGUUAAAACUGUCCAAGUUUUCGAAACAAGUAAUACAGAGACCUGUUCAGAUGUGUACACCAGUGCGACCUCUCCGCCACCUAGCGGACCGUACACCUUUGCGAACGCAAACGGCGAAACAUUCACAGUUUACUGCUUAUUUAAAAGUGGCUAUGGUUAUACAUUCAUCGCCGCUGAUAUUAGUGUUGAUCCUAACCUAGCACAGCUAUUCACAGAGAAAACAGAAGUGUUAAUACGUCACAAGCGUCAAAACGGAAGUCAGUAUGACGCUACGGCGGCACAAAUCUCGCGGUACUCGAGCAAAAAUCUCGGCGUAUUGUACAACUCACACACUGGAUACAACGAAAUGCGAAAUGGCCACAUGACCCCUUAUCUAUACGUCGGUUUCGUACCCAAGGCCGGAGUGGAUCACUACCAUGAUACACAAGGCUGGAAAGUCCAGGGAACAGACUAUACUUUCAAAAAUUGUGACGGUAACCCAAACAGUUAUUUCUCCCUGUUAUACAACAGCCAAGAUAAGGCUUACAGAAACUACUCCCACGGCAAGACGGAUCUUCUUCACGUUUGGUACGAUUAUGCGAGCGCGGCGAACAGCCGUGAUUAUAUUCCAGAUGCCUUUUUCACAGACCAAUUUGAAAUUCAUUUUGGUGGUUGUGGAGGUUACCAAACUUCUACUAGUUUCCCAGAUGUAGUUGGCGUCACCAUUGGCCUAAGAUUCAAUAUCAACGAAUGUGCAAGCAACCCGUGCAAAAACGGUGCCCAGUGCACAAAUGGACAGAACAGCUUCACGUGUUCCUGCGCUUCCGGAUGGAGUGGUACCACGUGCAACACAGCACCGUGCCCAUCAGAAACUACAGAGAGUUCAACCUACGGCCAGUUUAGUUGGCCAACAACUAAACCCGGAACUGUAGCCUUCAUUCAAUGUCCAUAUCAACUUUCUGGAGCCCAGACUGCAAAAUAUGCCUCCAGAAUCUGUGAAAAACAGGCGGACAACUCUGGACUUUGGAAAACACCACUGCUAUCUGAUUGCCCACAUGCUGACGAGAGUUCACGAGAAUUACAUAAUUUGGCCGAGUCAGAUAUAAAUAACGGUAAUGUUGAGCAAGUCUCGUCAAGUUUAAGUAACCUUACCUCCAACUGGGAAGAGUUUGUUAGUGAUGACGUCAUUUGGUCAGUUAGAAUCAUCGACGGCAUUUUAAAAACUGAUUUGUCUCGUGCGUCAUUUGAUACGAUUACCAACACUAUUGAAACCGUUAAUAAUCUACUGUUUAUUACACCAGGCAUUCUGAGGCAGUCUGAAGAUGAGUCUGACUCAUCAAAUAGGCUUGUAAAUGCAGUAGAAACACUACUGGACGGUGUAUCUGUUACCAAUGGCGAUUAUAAAUCUGUGAAAGACAACAUCGCAGGUAUCGUAUCUGGUGUCAGUGUGUCAAGUUUUGAUGGACUAGCCAUGUCAUAUAUAAACAAAGGAAAACAAACCCUCACUGAAACAGAGUUAGCGUAUACAAAAGCGGAGGGGUACACUGCAUCUGGCCAUUCAGGAAUCAUUUUGCCGAGGUCUAUCUUUGAUUCUUUGACGAACAGGCAGAAAAGGUCCAUAGACAAGAUGACAAUGUCAGUGUUUAGGGAUCCUAAACUGUUUUCAUCAAUAACUCAGUCCAACGAGACGAAGUUACUCCCCAGCGAUGAUGGUGAUGUCAUCCCUGCAGAAAGGAAGAUUAACAGUAAUGUUAUAGCGGCUAAUGUGCCAUCAGUACAAAUCAAAGACCUGUCAUUCCCAGUGGUCGUCACAUUGCAUCACUUUGAUGCAGGUGAAAAUGUAUCAUGUGUGUAUUGGGAUGUAGCUACAAAAAGCUGGUCUGCUGACGGUUGUGCAGUUAACCAAACCACUGACGACUAUACUGUGUGUCAUUGUGAUCAUCUCACAAAUUUUGCUCUUCUCAUGGAUGUUUACAGCACCGGCGGCGGACUAAGCAAAGCCAACAGUGUGGCACUCUCCAUUAUUUCUUAUGUGGGAUGCGGACUUUCUUUACUCGGCGUUAUUAUUACAUUAUUAACUUAUCUGAAAUUCAGAAAGCUAAGACGUGACAACCCAUCUAAAAUACUCAUGAAUCUUUGUUUGUCGAUUGGUUUUGUUGACAUAGUUUUCUUGAUUGGUGUCCAGGAAUAUUCAGGAAAAAGUGACGCAGGUUGCAAGAUCGUUGCUAUCCUGUUACACUACUUCCUUUUAACCGCGAUGUGUUGGAUGGCGGUCGAAGCGUUCUACAUGUAUCUGGCACUUGUGAAAGUAUUUGACACGUACGUGGCACAUUUCCAACUGAAAAGCGCUUUGUUCGGAUGGGGUAUUCCAUUUGUUGUGGUAGUCGUAACGCUUGGAAUAAAUAAAACUGAAAAUUAUGGUUUGCAACCGGGUGGAAUAUGCUGGUUGGACCGGGUACCAUUCUAUGCCGCGUUCCUUGGACCAGUUUGCUUGCUGCUUAUCGUCAAUACCAUAACAUAUGCAUUGGUGAUACGCAUGAUUGUGAAGAGGAGCAACAAAAAAUUAACCAAAACUGAUAAAUCAAGCACAGCCGUGCGCCUGCGCGGAGCAAUCAGUUUAGUUGUUUUGCUUGGACUGACAUGGGCAUUUGCAAUUCUUGCUUUCGAUGACUUUGGAAUUGUGUUCCAUUAUCUAUUUGCGGUAUUGAAUUCGCUGCAGGGCUUUUUUAUAUUUAUAUUCUACUGCUUAAUGAAGAAAGAAGCCCAACAGUGUUGGAGAAAAGCGUUACCAUGCCUGAAAUCACCAUACCAGAAGAAUAUAUCAACAAAUACACAAAGUAAAGGCGAUUCCAGUACAUUUGACUCAAAUAAAACAACGAAGAUGCAUUUGAAUACCAGGGAUGAAUCAAACGAGGACAAGAAGCCAACAGGGAACACAGGUCCAAAUAAUACAGCAUUCCGUGGAAACUGGCAGGUCCAGGUCACAACAAGGUCACAACCAUCUUCAUUCGUUUAGCCCAACAUAUAUCUACGAAGCGGGAUCUGUGGAUUAAAAUUGAUCGUUUAAGAGACAUCACUAUGACAUAUCAAACUAUGUACACUGACAAAGGAGCAGCUGUGGAGCACGCACUUUGCCUUUUACAUAUUAUGACUUUGUCUAUAAAUCUUACUAGUGUAAACAGAUUUCCUAAUUUCAUCAGUACAUGUUUUAACUGAAUUGCCUAUACUUAAAACCUAAAUACAUAUUUUCAAAAAGAGAUAAAUAAAUAGUUCUUUUUUAAUAUCCCGUAUUUAUUAUCAGUUCAAGGCAAGAAAAUCGGUUUUUACUCACACAUUUCCAAAAAAUCGUUUAUAUAUAUCGAUGCUACCUUCUGGUAUUAAUUUAUUUUCAAAAACGUCUAAGCGAAAACAACAAGUAUCCGUUUAUCAUCAAAAUUAUUUCUCAAUCUCUUAGAACAUUAAGAUACACUCUCAUAUUAAAAAUUCACCUGGCUAUAAUUGGCAAAACAACUACAUGAGAAAAUCAAAGCUAAUUAUUUUGCUUUUGAUAUAAUAAGAACAAUUUAUUCUGAAAUUCAGUGUAACAAAUAUUGUACACCUGCGUUCAGGUACGUAAAGAGUUGAGGUUAUUGAAGAAACAGCGAUAUAUCGUUGAAUUGAAAUUAACAUGCCGUGCCUCGUGAUAUGAUAAUAUGUUUCUAAACAAGAAACAAUAAAUCUCUUAAAAAUAAAGUCAUUGUUUGAGAUUUCAAAUUCUAAAGAUGAUAAAGGACAUUAGCGAUAUCUGUCAAACAUGUGCAUCUUUUUGUCUUUUCCAAUGCGCGGCUAUUGGUGGUUGAAUUAAUUGUAACGUAAACAAAUUGUGAAUUUGUUGUCAUAAUAACAAAAGUUAUAUACAGUCUUUUUGUAUAAUUGGAAAAUAAAUCCGGUCGUGAUUUAAUGUUUGAUAACAUACUUAUCCAGACUGGCAAAAUAAAGCUUGUAGAAAAGUAA